AUGAGAGUUAUCUUUAGCUGUCUGGAAGUGUCACAAAUGAUUAAGGAGCUGUUUCCUGUGAUCCAGUAUUCCACAGUUUGUAGCUGUCUGGAAGUGUCACAAAUGAUUAAGAAGCUGUUUCCUGUGAUCCAGUAUUCCACAGUUUGUAGCUGUCUGGAAGUGUCACAAAUGAUUAAGGAGCUGUUUCCUGUGAUCCAGUAUUCCACAGUUUGUAGCUGUCUGGAAGUGUCACAAAUGAUUAAGGAGCUGUUUCCUGUGAUCCAGUAUUCCACAGUUUGUAGCUGUCUGGAAGUGUCACAAAUGAUUAAGGAGCUGUUUCCUGUGAUCCAGUAUUCCACAGUUUGUAGCUGUCUGGAAGUGUCACAAAUGAUUAAGGAGCUGUUUCCUGUGAUCCAGUAUUCCACAGUUUGUAGCUGUCUGGAAGUGUCACAAAUGAUUAAGGAGCUGUUUCCUGUGAUCCAGUAUUCCACAGUUUGUAGCUGUCUGGAAGUGUCACAAAUGAUUAAGGAGCUGUUUCCUGUGAUCCAGUAUUCCACAGUUUGUAGCUGUCUGGAAGUGUCACAAAUGAUUAAGGAGCUGUUUCCUGUGAUCCAGUAUUCCACAGUUUGUAGCUGUCUGGAAGUGUCACAAAUGAUUAAGGAGCUGUUUCCUGUGAUCCAGUAUUCCACAGUUUGUAGCUGUCUGGAAGUGUCACAAAUGAUUAAGGAGCUGUUUCCUGUGAUCCAGUAUUCCACAGUUUGUAGCUGUCUGGAAGUGUCACAAAUGAUUAAGGAGCUGUUUCCUGUGAUCCAGUAUUCCACAGUUUGUAGCUGUCUGGAAGUGUCACAAAUGAUUAAGGAGCUGUUUCCUGUGAUCCAGUAUUCCACAGUUUGUAGCUGUCUGGAAGUGUCACAAAUGAUUAAGGAGCUGUUUCCUGUGAUCCAGUAUUCCACAGUUUGUAGCUGUCUGGAAGUGUCACAAAUGAUUAAGGAGCUGUUUCCUGUGAUCCAGUAUUCCACAGUUUGUAGCUGUCUGGAAGUGUCACAAAUGAUUAAGGAGCUGUUUCCUGUGAUCCAGUAUUCCACAGUUUGUAGCUGUCUGGAAGUGUCACAAAUGAUUAAGGAGCUGUUUCCUGUGAUCCAGUAUUCCACAGUUUGUAGCUGUCUGGAAGUGUCACAAAUGAUUAAGGAGCUGUUUCCUGUGAUCCAGUAUUCCACAGUUUGUAGCUGUCUGGAAGUGUCACAAAUGAUUAAGGAGCUGUUUCCUGUGAUCCAGUAUUCCACAGUUUGUAGCUGUCUGGAAGUGUCACAAAUGAUUAAGGAGCUGUUUCCUGUGAUCCAGUAUUCCACAGUUUGUAGCUGUCUGGAAGUGUCACAAAUGAUUAAGGAGCUGUUUCCUGUGAUCCAGUAUUCCACAGUUUGUAGCUGUCUGGAAGUGUCACAAAUGAUUAAGGAGCUGUUUCCUGUGAUCCAGUAUUCCACAGUUUGUAGCUGUCUGGAAGUGUCACAAAUGAUUAAGUGUGAUGCAGUAUUCCACAGUUUGUAG